UGUCGGUCUCAUUAAUCUGUGACUUCGGUGAAAGAACAAACAGUGAGAACGGAAUAAUAAGCGGACAACUAGAUUUUGUAACCAAGAUGGGGCAGCUUACGCUUCCAUCGGUGCUAGCCUGCAUUUGUGUAUUAGUCCAGGUCAGUGUUGGAUAUAUUGAGUCUCUGGCAGCAAACACAGACUUCCAGCGCCAUGAUUACAAGUUUGUUCCAAUGGUUGCCUUCAUGUGUAAUAAACCCACGAUGCAUACAACCCCAGAGGGCUGGGUAGCAGACUCCAAACAGGACUGCCUCCAUGAUGAGAAACAGAUUCUGCAGUAUUGUCAGAAGUUGUACCCUAACAUGACCAUAACAAACAUAGUGGAAGACCACAAGCUAACGAUCCAAGACUGGCCUGAUUCCCACGGUCACAAACAUGGACACACUGUGCAGCCAUUCAGAUGUGUCGUUGGUCCUUUUGAGAGCGAUGCUCUUCUUGUUCCUCAACACUGCCACUUCUACCACGAACACAAUCAGUGUGACACGUACAAGAAGUGGGGGGACUGGGCCACUGCCGACUGCCAGGCCAAGGACAUGAGGAUCGACAGCUUCUCCAUGCUGCUGGACUGUGACAUCGAUAGAUUCGCUGGGGUGGAGUAUGUCUGCUGUCCCAAAGAGAAAAAAGUCAUUGACAGCUCGGUCACUUUGAAACCAGUGAAGGAGGAAACAGAGCACAUGAAACUGGACGACACAUACAAUGCAUACAUGGCUUAUCUCAAAGGAGAUGAGAAGUACCUCAAACAUUUUGGCAAUGAACACAACAAGUUCUUGGCUGCACUGAAGGCCAUGAACAUGCAACACCAUGAGAGAAUUACCAAGAUGAUGAAGGAAUGGCAGACAGCUAGGAAACAUGUCAACAAUCUGAAGAAGACAAAUCCCAAAGCUGCUGACAAACUGAACAAAAAUAUUCUGGAGAGAUUCCAGAAGUUGUACAAUGGCUACCAGCAGUCAGACAGUGCUGAGAAGAAGCAGUUAGUGGCCCUCCAUCUCCAGCACAGACAGGGUGAACUGAACGGCAUGAAAAGGAAGGAGCUGGAAGCUUAUAUGGCUGAACUACAGAAGAGCCCCGUCAGAUCUGUUGCUGUACUUAAACACUUGGAACACUACAUUCGCGUGGAAGAGAAGGAUCGUCUUCAUUCUUUGAAUCAUUUCACUCACGUUAAGAAAACCAACCCCGAGGAGGCCAAGCUUAUCCAGUCACAGGUCAUCGAGCACAUGAAGGUCAUAGAUGAGCGCAUCAAGCAGAGCCUGGACAUGCUCCAUCACUUCCCCAAAGUGGAAUCUAAGCUAAAAACCCAGAUAGAUAAAUUCAUGAAACAAUACAGUGGUUUGGCAGAGAGUGCAAAGAACAUUGUUAUGAGACCUAUAACUGUACAGACCAAAAAAGAAUCCAACAAAGCCACAUGGACAGAGAAAGUGAUGAUAGAUGAUGAGAAUGAUGAUGGAGAUCUUGCAGAUCAUCUUCAGGAGGUGAAAAAGACUCCCAUUGUGGAAGAUGAUGGACUAAUGCCAAGGAUUGAACUCAAUCACCAGGAGGAAAACAAAGUCUUCAUCUCUCAUCGUGAAAAUGACCAAGCCAGCUUCAAUCAGGGAAGCUACUCCUCAGCACACGUUGCUACCUCCACUGGCAGUGUUUUCGGAAUCGCUAUUGGAAGUGUAGCUGUGUUUGUCAUUAUCAUUGUUGCUAUUGUGAUGUUGAGGAAGCGCUCUCACAGACACCCUGUCACACACGGCUUUGCUGAGAUGGACCCUGCCGCUUCUCCAGAGGAACGACAUGUCGCUAAUAUGCAGAUGAAUGGCUAUGAAAAUCCUACCUACAAAUACUUUGAAUUGAAUACUAAUGCUAAGAAAUAAUUGUUUUUAUGAAAACUCAGACUGUUCCAAAACAAAAAGAAACUUACAAAAUGUAAAACAUAUUCAUUCCACUGAGUCUAACUCUAUCCUGCAGGGUGAAGCCUUAAUUGUUGUGAACAAAUACUGAAAACCGCUGUGAUUUUUUUUUUGUAAAAUAUUGAUUGCAUGAAAUUUGGGUAAUGUACUCGUAACACAUUGGCUAGAACAUAACUGUCUACAAAAAGUAAUCUAGGUAGUGAUUGUUGGGAGUAUUUAUUAUAUAGUUUGUAUAUAUAUGAACACCAGUUUAGCAUUAUUUGUGUCCCUAAUCAUCCUUCAAUAACAAUUGCAUAUAGAUGGUCAUUGUAAAUGGAGUUCUUUCGGUAGCCCCUGGAUGAUCCUGUAAUAUAGCCACUGUAUCCCUAGACUACUACUUACACUUCUCAUGUAUCUAUCUGUUAUAAUUAUAUACAGUGUAAUCGUUUAAUGUCGUCCUGAAACAGAAACCAUUCCAGGCCUGUUUGAGGAAAGAAGGAGAUGGGAUUCAGAGUCUCACACAGUGCCCCUCUUAGCAAUAAACAAUCGAUAAAGAAUCUCUGCAUAAAGGGGUUGGGGAGAAAUAGCGUGAUUUUGGAGACUGAGUUUUGAAGAGGGAUGGGAUAAUAUCGAUACAUUACUUGGAAGUGUGUCGAGACUUGACUGUAAAAUUGGUGGAUUUUAUUGUUUUUGUACAUUUUAACAUGUCUUCAUAAAUAUAAAUUUCAUGAAACAAUUAACAUUUUAAUGUAUAGUUGUUGUGAAGAGCUUUUUUUUUUUGUUAUACCAACAGUUUUUAUCACUUUAUUGAUUUGCAACUUUCUUAACUUUUUAAGAUGAUUUUAUGGUUGUGAUUGUUUUAUUUAUGAAAUAUCAAAUUGAAUAUGAAAACAUUCAUUCUUGUAAUGGGAGUUUAGGGUGAUUUCAUUUUAAGUAAAGGCUUUUAUCAAAGAAAAUUAAAUCAUGAAAAAUGUAUCAAAUCUAGUAUUGAAAACCAAAGACACACGAAGCUGAUUUCUCAGUAUAUUACAACUACCAGUAUAUGUAUAUUGCUAUUCAUUACGUAUUAAGCUUGCUUUGGUAUACUUUGUAUAUGAACCAAAUAUUCGAGUUUAACUGAUGUUAUAGUCUCUUUCUUUUAGUAUUUACUGCUGCUAUGGUCACUUUGCUUAUUUGUGAACUCUCGGAGGUAUUUUGUAGAGAAUUACUUUCUCUGGAAACAUUUUCAGUUGUUUUCUUAAACUUCCCUAGAAAUUAUCUCCAUACUAUGUGGAAGAGAUUAUGAUUAUCAUAUUUCAAAAUUUUAUGUGAGUGUACAAGCUUACUUUUUUUUCAAAACUGGAAAUUUUCUUCUAUCUUGCCUAUUCUUGUCUUUAAAGAGUUUCCAUUUCUGUACCUAUUGCAAGAAAGUUGUCUAUUUUGUAACUUUCUGGCCAGUAGCUUGUGAUGUGAUUUCAUGUAAUAUUUAAUACUGUGACUUGUUCAUUUUAUAAAUAAAAGUGUACACUCAUA